AUGAACGACACCACCGCUAGUCCAACGAAUCCCGUAAUAACUGUUCAAGACUAUCACUUGGCUGCUCUGAUCAUUUUUAUGGUGGGAUUUGUUCAAAACUUAAUCAUUUCCAACAAAAUGGAUAGUUUUCCUCCCGAAGAAGUGGGAGAAUUUAUCGACUCUCUUAAUCCUGUGAGCCACAAAACCACCAUGAAUACCGUUAGAUCAGCGCUGUUCACACAGAUAGAAAUUUCGUUCCUCGGGACCAUCUGUAACUCGUUGGUGGCAGUUUUCACACAUCGCUUGGCCAUAUUUAACAACGCAUUCGGUCGUCUCACUGGAAGCCAAGCGAUUGGAGAAAUGAUCCUCUGCGCGGUGUUCGCCUUCUACUACUCACCUAUGGUUUUCUUUGACAUUACAACAAUGAAACUCCAUUCAAAACACGCUGGUCUCAUUCUAUUGAUGUGCUACAGUAUCUGCAUAGUUUCUCACCUCUUUAUUGCAUUGAACAGGAUGUGUGCAAUCUGUUUCCCCUUGAAUUAUGACAAAUGGUUCAGCCACCGCAACACUACCGUUUUGAUAGUGAUCUCAUGGGUGCUUUCCAUAUCUGUAGUAUUCGUCCUUCAUGGAUUAGAAGAUUGUUCUCUCAUCUUCAGCGACACCGCUUGGGUAUUCGUGUUCAAAACAAACGAGAGAUGUGGAUUUAUUUCAUGGUACAUAGAUUUUGGAGAAGACUUUUCUAUCGUUGUCAUCAUUGCAAUCGUCGAUACCGUAACAAUAAUCAAAGUUCGAAUAACAGCAGCUGAGAUUGCAAAGUCUGGUUGUCGUAUGACGAACUCAAAAAGGGCAAAAGACGUCAACUUCUUGAAGCAGGCUGUGGCACAAGGAGUCGUGUUUGCCGUUGAAUUAUUUACUUAUUUCUUCAUGGGCUGGUUAUUUACAAAUAAAUGGGCAAUUUUUGCAUGCACAACGAUGGCAUGGAACAUUGUGCACUGUAGUGAUCCGUGA